AUGACGGAGCGAGUGGCCAAGCCUAGAGGGCGGAAGAAGAAAGAGACAACAAGAGCUGCGCUGGCAGUCCGCGGGAAAGAAGAUGGCGAGUCAUCAGCAACGCCACAUACAAUCCUGGCCCAAAGCGAAGCCUCAAGCAAGCCAACACCAAUUGACCAGCCAUCUUCCUCAUACUCGGCAUUACCAUCUGAGAGUAGAGACAACGAGAAGAUAGAGCAAGCUAUCGUAGCCAUACGCUACCAAUACAGACCUCCCAUGCUGAACCAACCCUCAAGAGUCCUGCCAGAAGCACUAGAUACCGCUUUCCUCUCCCACUACAUUGAGCUCAACAAAGGCGGAAGUCAGUACGCACCAGAAAUCCAAUGGCUUGGCCACAUAAACGAAAUUCACAGCAACGCAAGAAAGCCGGCGGUUCGAUUGUCUCUACGCGCAGUUUCCAUGGCCUUCUUCGGGAAGCAACAUCAUGAUCCGAGCAUUCUGGUCGACUCCUGGAGAUGGUAUACCGUGGCUUUGAGCGCUCAAAGAACGUCUAUAGCGAGACUGAAGAACGAUGCUAUUCCUGAUGAAGAAGAGGUUAUGGUGCCUCUUAUCAUGUCGUUGUACGAACUGUAUGUAGGGGCGACGGCGACGGGUGCGAUGUCUCAUAUCGCGGCUGCGGCUGAGAUCAUGAAUAUGCGCGGUCCAAGCAACUGCGGGUCAGGCGCCAUCUGGCCGCUGUUCAAGGGAAUUCGCAGUUCUGAUGCCCACAAAUCCGUAGUCUUCAACCGAAAGUCCGUCUACGCCUCCCCAGACUGGAUGACCUUACCCUUCAUUGGCAAACCCCGAGACGCACACCAAACCCUCGCAGACAUCGAACUCAUGGUCCCCCACUGUUUCGCCAUGCUCGAGAUACCCGGCUCAAUGCGCGUACUCUUCUCCACGCCAAUCCCCUCCCACGUCGACAUCCGGCCCUGCAAAGAACUCGCCUGCAAGUUAAUCCGGCAACUCGACGACUGGGCAGCAACAUAUCCCCACCUAACCAGCGUAUCCAGAAGCCCACAUGGAACACCUGGCGAGGGGGGUACGUCGAAAGGUCCCAGACAAGGAUCCCCCAAAUCCAGUUCCCCUAAUACCUUCGUAGCACUGAUCGCAUCAAACUACAUGGCCGAUCGCCUUGUGCUGAGCAUGCUCAUGUAUAAGAUGCAUACAGAAGCGACGGCGCCAAUGGAGCCGUAUGAGAACACUACCAAGCAUUACUACGACGUCGCUACGAAAGCUACGGUGGAUAUCAUCGAGGCUGCUGCGGAGAUUGAACAGGCACAGACACCGGGGUUUGACUUGUUGAGGAGUAUUGCGCCGGUCAUGGCUGUGGCUUUUGCGGCUCCCACGCCGGAGCUUAGGAAGGAUGCGGUGGAUACGAUGACACGAUGGGCACGCAGGAUAGGUGGACUUGGGUCGAUUAUUGGGGCGAUUUGA